AUGCUUUCACGGAAACGACUAACGAAUGGAGCAAAUGUACGUAGGGAACCAGAACUUGUCGGUUCUGGCCAGAAAGAGGCAAUUGCUUCAUUUCCUCAACAACGGAUAUGGCUUCAUGAAAAAUUCCAUUUUGAUUCCUCGGAUUUUUCGGUCUAUAAUAUUAUACUUCCAUUAAUAGUGGAGCAUGGUUCAUUAUUAAUAGAACGUAUUCAUUCAAUUUUGCUUUCACUGAUUGAUGAACACACUGUUUUCCGUACUUCUGUUAGUUUCAAUUCAGAAAGUAAUCAAAUCAUGCAAUACAUUCAACCUCUUACCCAGGAUAUAUAUUCAUUUCAACAUUCAAGAAAUAUAACAACAUUAGAACAACUCGAUCAUCUUCUUACACAUGAAUCUGUUGGAAAACAUUUCGAUAUCGAGAAAGGAAAAGUAUUACGCUGUCAUGUGGUAGAACGAACUAAUAAUUAUCAUGACCUAUCAUUGCAUGAAAAUGAUUUACUUAUUAUCAGUUUUCACCAUAUUGCAUUUGAUAAUAGUUCUCUUAGACCAUUUCUCAAAGCAUUUAAAAAAGCAUGCUGGAAAAAUUUUCAUGAAAAACCAACAUUAUCGGCUUUGCAAUAUAUCGAUUUUGCAUUAUAUGAGCAAAAAAUGUUAGCUGAUAAAAAUAUAGAUUCAAAAAUGAACAAAGCUCGUCAGUUUUGGUCGAAACUUAUGAAGGGAUACGAUUGGAAUAAAAAACCAUAUUUAGCACAUAAUGAAAAUAAAAUAAAUAAAACUUCGCCGGGCCGUGGUUACUCAACUUCAUUUUCUCUUGAACAACAUAUUGUUGACGGAAUGAUGUUAUAUGCCGCGAAGAAUCAUAUUACUAUGUUCUCUUUAUCUCUUGCUUGUUAUUAUAUAUUAUUAAUGAAACUGAUUAAUAAUAAUAAUAAUAAUAAUGAUUUAUGUGUGGCAGGUGUUAUAGCAAAUCGAUUUAAAGAAGAAAUGAAAGAUAUGAUUGGAAUGUUUGUUAAUCUUGUAUUAUAUCGAAUAAUAAUUGAACCAGAAAAUUCAUUUAAUUAUCUCACUCAAAAAGUACAACGAUUAAGUAAUGAUGUUUUAGAAUAUGCUUGCUUACCAUAUCAGCAUAUUAUUAAUUCACAUGAACAGCGAGAGCAACAAGUGUUACCAUCAGCAUCAUUGCAAUAUGAAUCUUUAAUAUCAUCGUUAACAGCAAAAAAUGCUAUGGAAACCACUAUAGAUGGUAAUGUUGAUAUGGGUUUGUAUUUUGAUCGAGAUCGAUCUCAUGGAAAUGGAAUAACAUUAUUCGAUAUAACUCUUACAAUAGCACAUGAUCAUCAUACAAAAAGUACGGAAUGUUUUUUUGAUUGUUCAGCUGAUAUAGUUCAAAAUCAAGACAAUGUUGAUUUUAUUGGAAAGCGUUUUAAACAUAUACUUACACAACUUUUUUCUUCUUCAAUCAUUGAUGAACCAAUUUAUAAAUUAUCAAUUAUUUUACCCGAUGAACAACAAGUUUUAAAUCGAUUAAAUAAUACAAAGCAUUCAUCUCAUUUAUUAGCAUUGACUAUUCAUGAAGAGUUUUUUAAACAAACUCAAUUUUAUCCACAAAAGAUUUCCCUUGAACUUGAGGAGCAAUCACUUAGUUAUUCGGAAUUAUUAUGUUCUGUCUUAUGUUUAUCAAAUCAUUUAACUAAAUUUGUAAAACCACAAGAUACUAUAUGUCAAUGUGUUGAAAGAUCUUUUGAAAUGGUUAUUGGUAUGCUAGCUAUUUUAUCAUCGGGUGCAAUUUAUUGCCCUUUAUCACCUCUGGAUCCACCGGGACGACUUAAAACUCUUAUCCAAGAUACAAAAGCAAAGCAUAUUCUUGUUCAUAAUCCUACUCAUAAAAUAAUAAAUCAAUUAGAUGAAUCAUAUGAUUUUAUUGAAACAGAUUUAUUUCUUCUUUCCAACCAAUUUAAUAAUGAAGUAAAAACAAUAUCUAUAACGACUGAUUGUAUUGCUUAUAUUAUUUUUACAAGUGGAACAACCAGUACACCAAAAGCUGUUGUAAUAUCACAUUCUCAUUUACUUUAUUAUAUCCAAUCUUCAAUUGAAUUAAAUACUUUAAAUAAAAAUGAUAAAGCUAUACAAUUAUCUUCAUGUACUUGGGAUGUUCAUUUUCAUGAAAUAUUUGGUACUUUACUUGUUGGUGGUACAGUUAUACUUUUACGACCAGAACAAGGGAAUCGUAAUAUGGAUUAUUUAUCGAACGUUGUUGAAAAUCAUCAAGCAACAUAUGUUUGUAUUGUUCCAACAUUACAAAUGAUUUUAUUUGAUAUUAUAGAGACGCAGCAAGCAUAUCAUCGAUUAAAAACUCUUCGUCUAAUUUGGUCUGUAGGUGAACCGAUUCCAUCUCAUUUUGCUCGUCGAUUGUUAAAUAUUUCACCCUCUAAUUGUAAAUAUAUAAAUUUCGGGGGAGCAACUGAAGGCACUGUAGCUCAAAUCUAUGAUAUUAUAACAAAAGAUAAUAUAGAUUUAUCAUUAAAUACAGUUCCAUUAGGUUUACCAAUGCCCUAUUUUAAGUGUCAUGUAUUUGAUAAAUAUUUACAAUCAAUACCAAUUGGAUUUACAGGAGAACUUUAUAUAACAGGGCCAAUUAUGAAUGGUUAUCUAAAUCGAGAUGAUCUUAAUGCUAAAGUAUUAAUCCAACUUCCGGAUGAAUAUUAUAACACUUAUAAAACAGGCGAUUCAGCUAAAAUUUUACCAGUGAUUGGUAAAAUUCAAUUAUUAGGUCGAAAUGAUUUUCAAAUAAAGAUCCAUGGGCAAAGAGUCGAAUUAGAAGAAAUUCAAUCAACUAUUUACCAAUUUAGUUCUUCGAUUUCCAAUUGUGUUGUUAUUAAAGUUCAAGAGUUAAAGCAAGAACAUCUUAUUGCUUAUAUUCAAUUAAAUAAAAGCUCAAUAACAAGUUCAUUUGAUAAUAAAUCUAUUAUUGAAUUUUGCCAAAAUCAUUUACCUCAAUAUAUGGUUCCAUCAUUGUUUAUUCUUAUUGAUCAACUACCAUUUAAUAGUAAUGGUAAAUUAGAUAUUAAAUCACUUCCAAAACCUGAUUUAUCGACAUUACUUAUGUUUAAUAAUAUAAUGAACGGUAAUGAAGAGGAUGAAAAAGAAAUAUUAAUGACGAAUGAAGAACAAACUAUACAUGAACUUUGGCGUGAAAUAUUGAAAUUUGAUAAAAAAUCGAGUAUUCCUCUUCAACGUUCUUUUUUCUCGUUAGGCGGAAAUUCUCUAUUAAUAAUGCAUCUUUAUUCUCAAAUUCAUAAAAAAUUUAAUCUUGAUUCUAAAACAUCAUUUAACAUUUCGUCGUUAUUUCGUCAGCCGACAAUUGCUGAACAUGCUCUUAUCUUACGACAAUGGUUAAAUAGUACUUCUGGAACAGAGGAAAAUCAAUUAUUGCAUUCUUUAAAUAUUUCGAAAGUUAGUGACUUUAACAGUGACAAACAUGUUGAUAUUGCUGUAGUUUAUCAGCAGACCAAUCAGUUAGCGAUAUUUCUUGGACAUGGCGAUGGCAGCUUCACGUUUUUCACGCUUUAUUCAACAGGAUCUGGUUCGAGUCCGUUUAUGCUUGUUGUUGCUGAUUUUAACAAAGACAAUCGCAUUGACAUAGCCGUCACUUAUCGUGAUGGUGAUGCCAUAGGGAUUUUUAUGGGAGAUGGAAACGGAAGUUUUUCCAACCAGAUGACAGUACCGAUUGGAGCCAAUUCCAAACCAAUAGGUUUGGCUGCUGGAGAUCUUAACAAUGAUAAUCUAACAGAUAUUGUUUCGGCAAAUCGUGGUACUAAUACUAUAAGUAUUCUAGUUGGAGAUGGCACAGGAAGUUUCGCUCUUCUUGCAACAUAUUCCACUGGAAUAUCAUCAUACCCCUGGGGAGUCGCUAUCGAUGAUCUAAAUAAUGAUGGUCGAAUGGAUAUUGCUGUAUGUAAUUAUAUGGAGAGCACUGUGAGUAUUUUUCUUGGAUUUGGUAACGGAAGUUUUCAAAUGGAUAUGUCCUAUUUUACCGGUUAUCAAUCGUGGCCAAUGCUGAUAGUUACAGGUGACUUCAAUAACGAUAGCCGAUUGGAUGUUGCAGUUACCAAUUAUAAUGGAAAUAACGUUGGAGUUCUUCUUGGAAAAGGUGACGGUAUCCUUAGUAAUGUAAGCGUGUAUCCAAUGGGUGAUGGUGCUGCGCCUUGCAGUCAAGCUGUAGGCGACUUCAAUAAGGAUAGAAUCUUAGAUAUUGCUGUUGCUAACUGUGGAACGAGUACGGUUGUCAUCUUACAUGGUCGAGGGGAUGGAACAUUUCUUUUAGGUACUCCCUAUUCGACUGGCACGGGAGCUUAUCCGUGGUCGAUAGCAGCUGCCAACUUUAAUCAAGAUGAUCAAUUAGAUUUUGUUGUAGCUAAUUUGAACACAAACACUAUGGGUGUCUUUCUUGGAAAUGGUCAUGAACCAUUUGCAGGUAUGACGACAUAUUCUAUCGCUGAUGGAUCACAACCGAACUCUAUCGCUAUGGCCGAUUUCAAUCAUGAUGGUUGGUCUGAUAUUGUUGUCGCCAACUAUGGUGCUAAUAAUAUCGGCAUCUUAUUUGGACUUGGCAAUGCAAUGUUCAGUUCUAUGGUGACUUACUCGACAGGCAUUAAUUCUUCUCCCUAUUCGCUUGCUCUCGGUGACUUUAAUCAUGACAAUCAAUCAGAUGUUGUUGUCACUAAUUCUCGAACUGAUAAUAUCGCUAUUUUCUACGGUAGUACUAAUGGAUCAUUCACCUUCGCAGCAUUUUAUUCAACAGGUGCUCGCUCGCAACCGUACACAGUUACGGUUGGCGAUCUGAACAAUGAUGGUAAUCUGGACGUGAUCAUCGCCAAUUCAGGAACUAGCAGCAUCUUGGUACUGUAUGGAUAUGGCAAUGGAACAUUAGGAAACGAAGCUUCGUAUCCGCUAGGAUAUGAGAGUAGUCCAUACUCAGUUGCUGUGGCAGAUUUGAACCAGGACAAACAAUUAGAUAUGGUUAUUGCAUGUUAUGGUACAGACAAUAUUGAUACAUUGGUUAAAAUGUGUACUAAUUGA